AAUUUGGGCGCGUAACUUUAGUUGACUUUCAGUACCACCACCAACAUGCAGCACGAGGACGGCAGCCCGAUCGAGGAAGACACGUCGGAAGAGAAUGCCAUCGACAUGAUUGACGCGAUGCGAGGCGAAGGCUUCUAUGGGAAGGUCCAGGCAAGACCGACUGGAGGCAACCACCGUCCGAUUUCGGCGCCCCCAAAGCGAUAUCCCUCGCACGAGUCGGCGCAGCCUCCGCAGCUGGUCGAGACAAUCCGCGGCAUCACGUUGCAGACGUUGCCACCGCGCCCCGAGAGCGCCAAACCCGCGCGCGCCUCGUCGCGUCAACCUGUCCAAGCACACGUUCGCUUCCGCGACCCCGAGAGCCGAGAUCGACCUGUCUCGGCACCGCAGCGUACCGCACCAGUCAAGACAUCAUCCACAACGUCCAAGACGUAUUUACGUCGCGCAGCCGACAAGAAGAAGGAGAAGGAACGGGACUUUGCCAUUGAGCUCUUUCAAGAAAAGAUUGAUCAAGAGCGAAAAGUGGCCGUCAAGAUCACGCAAGCCAACAAGCUCAUGCGACGCCAAGGCUCCAAGAAGACCUACUACUUGGCCAAGAACCGCGAUGACUUUGUCGCCGUGCGCGUCAUCGAAGAUAACGUGCCGGAGCGCCUCUUGAGCACUGACGCCUUUGUCCGUGAAUUCGAGCGCAUGACGGUGCUAUGGGCCGCGAAGGCCAAAGACUCGGCCCCGUUCGACGACGCGACGCCUGCCAAGACACCGUCGACUCGUCUGCAUCCCAAGAAGGAGACGCAGUCGGGGCUGCGCAUGAUCCUCAAGGGCACGAUCGAGCUCACGGCGAUUCUACAAGAGCAGCUCUUCGAGCUCCAGAGCAAGGGAUGGAACUCCAACACGGUCAAGGCCCUCGUCGCACCACACCACGCGUCGUAGCUCGUCCCACUUGAUACGUACUAGCUUUGACGUUCGGAACCCC